AUGAACUGCUUUUCGUGUUGCAUGUCGGUAGAGAAAAUUUUCAACAACAGUGACGGGACCGAUGAGCCCAGAACACUAAAAGACAUGCCUUCCCUUGCCAAUAUUUCAUUCAAGAGUGAUGGAAGCCGAAAGAGAUACAUUGCGGAAGAAAUAGUAAAAAGGGGUAAAGGCAACACGAGUGUAAAAACUUUUGAUUACCGUGAUUUAUGCACUGCUACUAACAACUUCAACUCGGAGAAUCAGCUUGGUCAAGGGGGUUUUGGGAGGGUCUACAAAGGGCAGGUUGAGAACCCGAAUCAGGUUGUUGCUGUCAAGCAACUUGACAGGAAUGGAUACCAAGGGAACAGAGAGUUCCUUGUUGAAGUCUUGAUGUUGAGUUUACUUGAUCAUCCUAACCUCGUGACGUUGGUUGGAUAUUGUGUCGAUGGGGAUCAAAGGAUUUUGGUCUACGAAUACAUGGCGAAUGGCUCGUUGGAGAGUCACCUUCUAGGUUUAGCCGCACAGAAGAAUCCAUUGGACUGGGAUACCAGGAUGAAAGUUGCAAUUGGUGCUGCUAAAGGCCUUGAAUACUUGCAUGAACAGACUGACCCUCCGGUGAUUUACCGGGACUUUAAAGCAUCAAACAUAUUGCUGGACCAGGAUUUCAACCCCAAGCUCUCGGAUUUCGGACUAGCAAAGGUCGGUCCGACCGGAGAUAAGUUGCAUGUUUCCACCAGGGUUAUGGGAACCUAUGGCUACUGUGCACCGGAGUAUGCACUGACAGGCCAAUUGACUACGAAAUCCGACGUUUACAGCUUCGGAGUCGUGUUUCUGGAGCUAAUCACGGGAAGAAGAGUAAUAGACACUUCGAGACCAACAGAAGAACAGAACCUUGUCAAUUGGGCAACACCCUUGUUCAAAGAUAAGAAAAAUUUCCAACAAAUGGUUGAUCCAUUGUUGAAAGGGAAUUAUCCCAAUAAGGGUCUCAACCAAGCACUUGCAGUCGCAGCAAUGUGUCUGCCAGAUGAUGCGGCCGCUCGACCCAGGAUGAGUGAUGUAGUAACUGCUCUUGAACACUUAAUCGCGGGCAAAGGACCGAAUGGAGACGACGACGACCAGCAAGAGAAGAAAGAAGAGUAG